AUGGGGGCUUCGACGCUGGGCGUCAGCGUCCCGCAUGAGGGCGGAUCUCUGAGCGGGCAGCCGCUUGAGUCUGAGGUCUCCGCCGAGAGCAAGGGGUUCCCCUUCGAGUCGGAAAAAUGGAUUCUCGCCUUCCUUGUCAUUCUCAUUGUUGAGUUGGCGGGGCUUAUCCUCUACCUUGUCGGGCGGACCCUGCGAGGGCGCGUGGCGGCUUCCUCCGCCCUCCCCGCGACCACUCCGGCAGAAGGAGCGCCUCCCUGUGAGGCAUCUCUGGCGCCGACUGCGGUGGAAGACCAAGCAGCGCCAAGUAAAGGGUACAAGAGGACGGGACACUCAGGCAGCCUGGCUCAGUCUGAGUGCUCAACGUUCGAAGCUCUUCCGCUAGAUUUCGCGUCCUCAUCCUCUGCACAUUCCGGGGGUUUCUACGGGCCGUCUACGGUGCCAGGUCCGCAGGCUGCGCCCGUGGUCGAGCAGGCCAGCGACUCUGAGUCUUCGGCCUCAUCUCUGUCGCGAGUCUUCCCCAAGUUCCCCGCGACAGCGGCAGGGCGUGUGAGGGAGGAUCGCGAGGAGGAGACCCCAGGCAAAGUGCUUCCCGCGGCUCUCAUCGCCGCUCUGGAGAACGUCGCCGGAUCGCUGCCCCCAGGCGAAAUGAAACAGAAGCAGCGGAUGAUGGCAGAGUGCAGCGCCUACCCUGGACCCAGCGACAGACUCUCCCACCUCGUCAUGACUGCAAGCAAGCUGCGGGAAAAUGCCGCCGUGUGGAGGGGCGUGGGCGUCUUCCAGGACGAAGCCGAUGUCAAGGAGAUGAAGGCACGCUGUGUCUACACUCGGAGGUCCAUGCUGCAGUACCUCGCUGCGCUGAGUAGGAACCGUGGGGGAGAUGUACAGGAGAGCGGGAAGUUUGCGGCUCGCUCAUCCGACGCAAAAGCCCGCGUUCUUGUGCCCCAGGUCGCCGACGACUCGGGUGUUCCUUCGUCCUCUCUCGAGCUCGUCCGAGCGCUUCGAUGCGAACCGCUGGACGCGACCUACAGUCCGCGCCCACGCAGCCGCGUCUCCCGGUUCCACUCCGGCAGCACGCCUUUCGCCAACGGAUACGCCAGCUCGACGCUCGCCCCGAUGUCUUCGCAGGACUCUCUCGAGUCGUUCGCUGCUGCAGACAUCCCCUCGAGUUCUUCAUCCGAGGACAUGCUGCGCAGGAAAGAGGAAAAAUCCCUCAGCUCCGUCGCCACGUUGGCUGCCCCCCCCCGCCGCACGGCGCGCAGCACGUGCGACGAUCUCCGCGAUAUGAAGGCGACGGCGGAGGAAGGCGUAGGGGCUGCGGGCGCGGAGGGAGAGGGUGCGUGGAGGACUUCGGCGCGCGGAGGCGAGAACGCCCCUGAAAAUGACAGAGCUGACAAAGACGCAAUCGAAAGGGACGCUGCCUCAGCGGCGCCAGGUGUCACCGCCGCAGAGUUCGUUCACGUAUUAGAACGUGCGAUGAAAUUCAAGCAGUUGGACAUCGCCACCACCGUGCAUGACAGUCUCCGCCAAGCCAACGUCAAGAUCGACCGACGAAGUUUCACACUCCUGGUCCAAAUUGCCAUGAGCCGCAAAGAUGUCGCUCUGCAGUCCAAAUGGCUGCUUGAGAUGAUUGACGAAGGCCACGCCAUCGAUGCGCCGUGGCUGGAUCGGCUGCUCGCAGUGGCGGCCGUCUGCGACCCUGCAGCGACGUCUGCGCUCCAGCAGGAGCUGGAGGCGCGCAGCACCUCGCUCUCGCCGCAGUGCUGCGCAGUCCUUGCCAAUGCGAAGACUUACAUUUCGCGCGGUACCAACUUGCUCAAGAGAGGGAACUCAGGCGUCUACGGGAGGACCGCCGCGCCUGCCACAAGUCUCGCGGAGCUCAAGGUGCCCUUGAAAAACGCCAAAGAAGGCGAGGACCACACUAGCGACGCCUCCAAUGACGAAAAGAACGAGGGUGCGGCGGCUGACCGUUCACCGUGUUCUCAGUCGAGCGCCCCCUCCCUGAAUCCGAACGCGCCGGAGUUCGUUCCACUCACGAUGCGCCCUGUGUCCUGCCGGGCGUCGGCUUUACCCAUGGGCUCCUAUCAAGCUCUUGCGCCGCUCUCUGGUGGUCUCUCGGCGUCCGCCGCGCUUGAGAUGAGCGCCUACGGGUUGACUUCCUCCGGUCUGGCUGCGCAGAGAGAGAGCGUCAUUUCUCCGCUCCCGGCGCUGCAGUAUCUGCAGGGGCAAGGCGUUGCAUCCAACACUGCCUCCGCGCCGGAUCAGGUGACGGCCUCGCUCCUCGCGAUGCUUUCGUCCUCCACGGCCUUCGCCUCCCUUCCAGGGGCUCAGCAGCAGCAGGCUUCGGGAGCUGCGCAGCGCCCGAAGGGGGCGAUCGGCGGAAAAGGAGCCAAGCUGGGGGAGAGCGAGAGACAGGAAGACGCAGAAAAGUGCACUCUUCGCAUUCAGAUGCAGGAAAUGUACGCGAGAGCGAAAGAGGGCGGGAAAAAGGUGAAGAGGGGCGCUGCGUUCCUGAAGAAGGAGGAGAAGGAAGAGAAACCGGCUCCUGGUCUCCAGAAGAGCGCAGCUACCGUCAACGCAACAGAGACGCAGGCGGGCGAGAAGGAAGGGCCUGCUGCGGCCGCGAAGAAGGGCUCGUGCCUCGAGCAGUUCAGAACCUUCAACGAGAAACGCGUCCAGACCAUCCUCCGCUCUGCCGUUAAAAAUCAAGGCCCGAAGAAGUCCCUGGGAGAGCAGCGAACUGUGCGCGACGUCGGGAAGCUCGCACCCGCUGCAGACAAAGUUAACAAGUCAAACAGCGAAACGGCAGGAGCAUCACUCAAGAGCUCCCCCGCCGACAGCCGCAGAACAAGUGCUUACCAGGGCGACGACGAGAGAGGAACUAGCGACGAAAGCCGUCAGGGCGAGUCAGACAAACAGACAGAAGAUGUGCGAUCGUAA